GUAGUUGAAAUUGCAACAAUUACCCACCAAUUCUAUCAUCACUCGUAUAAGAACUCCCGAAGCAAUAUCAACACCCCUCCUUCUCGCAGCCACCAUGCAGCUCGCCGUCUUCUCCGCCAAACCCUACGACAAAACGUACCUAACAAAUACCCGAGCGACCGAGCUCAACAUCGAAGCCGAAAUAAUCCACCACGAAUUCGCUCUAUCCCUCGAAACUGUUUCCCUAGCCAAAGGCGCGAGCGCAAUCUGCGUAUUCGUAAACGACGAUCUCGGUGCCCCAGUUCUCGAAUCGUUACACGCUAGCGGUGUUCGCGCCAUACUGCUACGAUGCGCGGGGUACAAUAACGUCGAUUUACAGGCGGCGCAACGCCUAGGCCUCUUCGUCGCUAAUGUUCCGUCGUACUCCCCCGAAGCCGUUGCCGAAUUCGCCGUCGCGCAGAUACAGACUUUGAAUCGCAAUACCCAUCGUGCUUAUAAUCGUGUUCGUGAGGGCAAUUUCAGCCUUCAAGGCUUGCUUGGCCGCACCUUACAUGGCAAGACCGUUGGUGUACUCGGCACGGGCCGCAUUGGCGUAGCUUUGGCUCGCAUAAUGCAUGGUUUUGGUUGUCGCCUACUAGCCUACGACCUCUUCCCAAACGACGACUUCGAGAAAUACGGCGAAUACACAGACCUCGAUACCCUAUUGUCCGAGAGCGACUUUGUUAGCCUACACUGCCCUCUGACGGACAAGACGCGGCACAUUGUCAACGAUGAGACACUAUCCAAGAUGAAGAAAGGAGCGAUGCUAGUCAAUACAUCACGAGGCGGUCUUAUAAAGACGAAAGCUGUUAUCGCGGCGCUUAAGAGCAAACACCUAGGCGGGUUAGCACUGGAUGUAUAUGAAGGCGAGGGUGCGCUUUUCUAUAAUGAUCAUUCGGGUCAUAUCAUCGAUGAUGAUGAGCUUAUGCGCUUGACUACCUUUCACAACGUACUCGUGUGCGGUCACCAAGCCUUCUUUACGGAAGAGGCGCUGCGCGAGAUUGCCGACGGUACUAUUCGCAAUCUAGGUAGCUUCUUGCGCCAGGAGAGCUGUCAGAAUGCACUUGUUCAGGAUAAGAUAGGAUUGGCGCCAGCAAGGAGAGAGUCCAUCCCGAUACGGAUUUGAAGUUGACGUUCUAGGUAUCAUACCAUAGGUGAGUGAUGGUGGGUAAGUAACCUUAACUUAUAUGUAUACCAUAGCUUUAUGUCUGGAAGACACAUGUAGCUUAGCUAGGUGGUUUUUCUAGCUACGAAUAGA